UUGAAGAAACUGCUUAUCAGACAGGAUGGAAAAUUGCCAGAAGCUUAUAUACUACGUAGGGAUCAUCCUUCAUUGCAAAUACCUAUCACGUUACGUGAUGCACGUGUGAUACCUGGUGUAACGCGCAGACAUUAUCUUGCAGUUUGCUUGCAACCCAUAUUUUUGCUUGCUGAUUGGACGUUACUUGUGCAAUUUUUUGAGAUCUGGAUAACACAAGGUGUGACCAAAUUUUUCAUUUAUGUCCAUUCAAUGACACCUGAAGUAGAUGCAUUACUUCGCGUUUACGAAAGGUCGACAGAUAUAGAAGUUGAAAGGAUUCAUUGGGCUCCGUUGCCUACUAUUGUUAAUGAGUCAUCUGAGGCUGAUCCAAAUCUUCGGGUUUAUCGGACUGAGGUCAUUAUAAUUUAG